AUGGCACCUCCCCACCCUAAACAGCGCAAGAUCGCUAUCGUUGGAAGCAGAGCGGUUGGCAAAUCUUCCCUCACGGUCCAGUUCGUCGAGAACCAUUUCGUCGAAUCCUAUUAUCCCACGAUCGAAAAUACGUUUUCAAGAGUGAUCAAGUACAAGGGCCAAGAGUAUGCCACAGAAAUAAUCGAUACCGCUGGACAGGAUGAGUACAGCAUCCUGAACUCCAGGCACUCCAUUGGUAUCCACGGGUACAUGUUGGUCUAUUCUGUCGCUUCUCAGCAAUCGUUUGAGAUGGUCAAGAUCAUUCGUGAUAAAGUCCUUACACAUUUGGGAGCUGAUUGGGUUCCAAUCGUCGUUGUCGGAAACAAAUCCGAUCUUCAUAUCCAAAGACAAGUCAGCGCCGAGGAAGGGAAAGCUCUUACCCAAGAAUGGAACUGCGCAUGGACCGAAGCCUCAGCCCGUCACAACGAAAAUGUCGCGAAAGCCUUUGAGCUGAUGAUUGAACAAGUGGAGAAAGCCCAGAAUCCCUCCGCUCCACCAGGCGGCGGAAAGUGCACCAUUAUGUAA